AUGCCUCGCGCCAACGAUACUACCUCCAAGAUCUUCUACAAGGGCAAGACUGAAGACUUUGUUGUCUUCGUCGAUGACUUGGAAAUCUUGAAGAAGUGGAAGGAGGACCGCAGCAUCGCCCUCGCCGAUGUUUUGAACGGAUGGAAGAUCUUCAUUACUCACUCCCACGGUGCUCAGGGUGUCCUUGACACUGCCAGCAAAGCUGCUCUGGAGAACGAGUUUGGCACCGCGAAUGAAGACGAAUGCAUGGUGAAGAUCCUCGAAGGCGGCGAAUUCCAGCACAACACUGCUCGCGAGCGUGAGGGCAGCAAGAACGAUUCCAAGGCCCCUGCCAACAUCGGCCGGUAG